AUGAUGACUUCUCUAUCAGCAACUGUCCGGCGGACUGCAAUAAGACCACAAUACUUGCAUCUGGCUUUACGGGCAUCCUCGGGCGUUGCAUGCAUAGUAUGCAGCCCAGGAUACCAAGCCAACAAAUCUUAUACCCUCACAUCAAAGCGUCCCAUCUCAUCAACACAUCAAAACCAAACCAAGGAGUAUUUCCCACCACCAAAGACACCGAAUGUCAAGGAGGUACAAACAGCAUGGGCACACCCAGUCUACACCGAAUCUCAGAUGCGAGACAUCAAUAUUGCACACCGAAGAGCUUCAAAUUGGUCUGACUGGGUUGCUCUGGGGACUGUGCGCGUCUUCCGCUGGGGCAUGGACUUGGCGACCGGCUACAAGCACCCCAAACCAGGACAAGACCUUCCAGCCAUGUUCAAAAUGACAGAGAAAAAAUGGCUAGCUCGAUUUGUCUUCUUGGAGAGUGUCGCUGGUGUACCUGGUAUGGUUGGCGGUAUGCUGCGUCAUUUGCGAAGCCUUCGGAAAAUGAAGCGGGAUAAUGGAUGGAUCGAAACCCUCCUGGAAGAAGCGUUCAACGAACGUAUGCACCUCCUCACAUUCCUAAAGCUUGCUGAACCCGGAUGGUUCAUGCGUGUCAUGGUCCUUGGAGCACAGGGUGUGUUUUUCAACGGCUUUUUCCUUGCCUACCUUGUGUCUCCACGCAUCUGCCACCGAUUCGUCGGAUACCUCGAGGAGGAGGCUGUCAUUACCUACACCCGUGCUAUCGAGGAAAUGGAGGCCGGCAAAUUACCUCAGUGGAACACCCUCGACGCGCCCGAGAUUGCAGUCCAAUAUUGGAAGAUGCCAGAGGGACAGCGUAAGAUGAAAGAUCUGCUGAUGUACGUUCGCGCCGACGAAGCCAAGCACCGUGAGGUCAAUCACACACUCGGAAACCUCAACCAGACCCUGGACCCAAACCCUUAUCAAACGGAAUACACUGAUCCCACGGGUGAGCAUCCAACCAAGGGUAUUGACACCCUUAGGGCAACUGGGUGGGAGCGGAAGGACAUCUUUCCGGCGCAAUCCAAGAAUUGA